GUUGUGACACUCUCAGGAAAAAAUAGUUUCUCUUCACUCUAUGGGAGGAUUUCGGAGAAAUAGAAGGGCAUGAAAUUGCCUCUAAAAUGGCAAUAGAGGCAGAUCUGCCUGUACUACUGGGAAGAAGUAUAGGCAUCUCCACUUUUCAAGGCUUAUCACUGCAGACUAGGUACAACUCAACAGUACGUCUUUAUCCAAAUUACCCACAGGCACUGGCACUCAUGGACUGGGCAAAAGAAAACAAAACAAUGUUGUUAAGUUGUGCAUCAGAGAAAACUUCAACAAGCUCAUAUCUCCCUCCCAUCAUACUCACUCCUGCUGGCCAACAACUGAUCUCUAUUGCAGAAAUCUCAUCAGCACCUUCUAUGGGAGUAUUCUAUAUUGAAGCAGAAAUGGCCAUAUUAGAUGAAUUCCAAGACUUUUGUGUGCUCGAAUGCUUAGGCUGCAAACAAAAAAAACGCACAAAGGAAAGAAAGGAUUUCGAAUGUCCAAAAUGCAAUCGAAAAACAGCAUUAGUCCCUCGGUGUAGCUUUCAAAUUGAUCUUAUUGACGCCACUGCUACAACCACAGCAUCUAUCACAGCUGAAUUGGGAGAAAAGCUCCUGUCCAUGACAGCAGAAGACAUAUUUGACAUAACUUGCACUAAGCGACAAUCAUUGUCUCUUAAUCAUGUCCACGAGAUGUUGUCAGACAAAUUAUUCGACAUUCAGCUAAGGAAGUCAUCUUGGGGCAGCUCAAAUACAACACAUGCAACGUUGUCCGUUCUUUCCUACAUGGAAAAACCCCAUACACCACAGAGCACUACUGAUAGGACUUCUAAGAAGAUUAAACCUUUGGAAAUAAGUGAAGUAAGGAUCAUGCCAACCACUACUGCAGCUACCUGUUCAAAUCCUCUGCCAGAAUUUGAACCACCCACACCAACCAAAAAGGUGUAAAAGGAACUCAGACCUCCCAUUUUGUCACUUUUGCUUAUAAUAGGGACAACAUAAUGGCUAUGCUCUGGUUUUUUGCAUGAGGCACAUUACCUAUGGAGAAGCAAACUGCAUCGUCCUCAAAAUAUGUCAUAAACAAUGACAUGCUAAUCUUAUAUAGCAAAACUGCAACAUGUACUAUAUGUUAUAUUUUGCGUGUAUUACAUUAGUUAGUAUGUGCAGAUCGUUCAAAUCUAUGCCAUACUAAUGUCUAUCGUA